AUGGACAAAAUGGUACCGGGCUCCAUAGCCAAGAUCUUCACUGAAAACGACACAUCAACACCUCUUGUCCUUCAAACUCAUCAAUCAAAGGCAAUGAAUGACGACGUCAACAGAAUUAGGUUACUACUCAAUGACGGUAAAUUUUCAAUCAAUUCCAUUUUCAAGCCUAAUGAUCUUCAAGAGAAAAUUGAAAAUUUUCAAAAAUGCUGUUACUUAUCAAUCUCAAACUAUUCAAUCUCUGUUGUGUCUAAAAAAAUCUUCCUUUUGAUUAACCAAUGUGAGGUUGUAGCACAGGGAGAGAAACCUACAACUUCUUUUGAAUCCAUCGACAAAUAUUUAAAGGAAAACCCAGAUUUGAAUAAGUUCCCAAUUGAUUUGACUAAACAGGAAAAUACUACCCCAGAACCUUCAUCACUUAACAUCAACACCAACGCCAAUCCUUCUAGUACGACCGCAAAAACUUUAGCUUUGAAUCCAAACAACCAAAAUAAUACAAAGGCUGCUCGCACACCUACGCCUACUUUAACUUCCACUUUGGCUUCUUCGCAUUCGUCUCAUAAAUCUCAAGUACCUCCUGAGUUCCAAGGACUAACUACAAUCGAUCAAAUUUCUCCCUAUCUCUCUAGAUGGUCAAUAAAGGCCAGGGUAUCUUAUAAGUCAGAUGAGAAGAGAUGGAAUAAAAACGGUAAUGAGGGUAAACUUUUCAGUGUUCAUUUUAUGGAUGAAACAGGUGAAAUUAAGGCUACUGCAUUUAAUCAGGCUGCUGAUAAAUUUUAUGAUUUAUUACAAGAGAAUUCGGUUUAUUAUAUAACGAAGGUUCAAAUUCGUUCGGCAAAGAAGCAAUUUUCAACUUUGCCAAAUGAGAACGAACUUUUCCUAGAUAAAGACUCUAUUAUUACACCUGCUCCAGAUGCAGAUGAUGUUCCAAAAGUUCAGUAUAAUUUUGUUAAACUUGAUCAAAUUGAAGGUUUGGAAAAUAAUACCGUUAUUGACGUUUUAGGUAUAGUCAAAAAUGUUGAAGAAAAGAGAGAAAUUGUUGCCAAGGCAAGUGGUAAGCCUUACGAUCGUCGGGAUAUCACAAUUGUUGAUGAAUCCCAAACUGCAAUCAACGUCGGUCUAUGGAAUAAAAUGGCUCGUGAUUUCAGUUUAGAUCCAGGUACUCCAAUUGCCAUUAGAGGUUGUAAAAUCAACGAUUUCAACGGUAAACAGCUCUCUUUAACUCCUUCAGCUACUAUCCAGGCCAACCCAGAUAUCCCUGAAGCAUUCAAAUUAAAGGGUUGGUAUGACAACCAAGGCUCCUCUGAAAAUUUCAAAACUUUGAAGUCAACCACUACAAACUCCACGAGUUUAACAUCAAAGGAAUCAAUCCUAGAGAGAAUCACCGUUGCUCAAGUUCAUGAGACUAAACUAGGUUACAAUGAGAAGCCGGACUAUUUUACCAUUAAAGCUUCAGUAUCUUACAUCAGACCAGACAAUUUCAGCUAUCCAGCAUGUUCGACUCAGGGAUGUCAGAAAAAAGUGAUCCAGCAAGGUGAUGGAACCUGGCGUUGUGAGAAAUGUUCAAUAAACCAUCCCGAACCUUUACAUAGGUAUAUUUUAGCGUCAAGCGUGGUUGACGAAACAGGCCAACUUUGGUUGAAUCUUUUCAAUGAACAAGCAGAACAGCUGAUUGGCAAAGAUGCAAAAUCUUUACUUGAACUAAAGGAAUCCUCAGAUGAAACUGCAUUUAAGAACUACUUGACUGAUAAUGUCCUGUUCAAAGAAUUCAUCUUUAGAGUCCGUGCUAAGGUGGAUACUUAUCAAGGUGUAGAUAGACCACGUUUCCAGGUUUUAUCGAUUUCGGAGAUUAACCCUUCAACGGAAUCUGAUGCAUUGAUUGAUAUCUUCAAUAAGUUGAAUUUAUAA